GCCUGAUUCUCAUUUCAUCUUUCCGCCAUGCCUGCUCCGAUCCAAGGCCCACGUACUCUUUACGACAAAAUCUUUGAUGACCACACAGUCUCCGUUCAAGAGGAUGGUCUCACCUUGCUCUACAUCGACAGGCAUCUAGUUCACGAAGUAACCAGUCCCCAGGCUUUUGAAGGCUUGCGUACCGCCGGCCGACCUGUGCGUCGCCCGGACUGCACGCUCGCUACUGUGGAUCAUAAUAUUCCUACGGCUUCGCGCAAAAACUUCAAAUCCGCCUCGACAUUUAUCGAGGAACCUGAGUCGCGUGCGCAAUGCGUCGCUCUGGAGGAGAAUGUGAAGGAGUUCGGUCUGACGUACUUCGGGAUGACGGAUCGCAGGCAGGGAAUCGUACAUAUCAUUGGCCCUGAGCAGGGCUUCACGCUCCCUGGAAUCACGUGCGUAUGUGGAGAUUCGCAUACCUCUACACAUGGAGCUUUCGGCGCCCUUGCCUUCGGCAUCGGCACGUCCGAAGUUGAGCAUGUCCUCGCAACCCAGACCCUGCUCCAGAAGAAGAGCAAGAACAUGCGUAUCACCGUCGACGGCGUUCUGCCUGAAGGCGUCACCUCGAAAGACGUGAUAUUGCACAUUAUCGGCGUCAUCGGCACCGCUGGUGGCACGGGAUGCGUAAUCGAGUUCGCGGGCUCCGUCUUCCGUGGCUUCAGCAUGGAGGCGCGCAUGAGCGUGUGCAACAUGAGCAUCGAGGCCGGUGCUCGUGCGGGCAUGGUCGCGCCUGAUGAAGUCACCUUCGAGUAUAUAAAAAAUAGGCCGCUGGCACCGAAGGGCGAGGCGUGGGACCGUGCAAUGGCGUACUGGAAGACGCUGAAGUCGGAUGAGGGAGCCAAAUUCGACGUCGAGGUGAAUAUUCGGGCGGAGGAUAUCAUCCCCACCGUCACCUGGGGCACGUCGCCACAAGACGUUGUACCCAUCACGGGCUCCGUACCCGACCCAUCAACCAUGUCGGACCCCGUCAAGCGAGCUUCUGCGGAACGCUCGCUGAAGUAUAUGGGUCUCACUGCUGGCACCCCGAUGGAGGAUGUGAAGAUCGACAAGGUCUUCAUCGGCUCGUGCACCAACAGUCGUAUCGAGGAUCUUCGCUCUGCGGCGAACAUCGUCCUGGCUGCAGGACCCGACGCCAAGGUUGCCCCGCACGUUUACGCGAUGAUCGUCCCCGGUUCCGGUGUCAUCAAGCAGCAUGCCGAGGCGGAAGGCCUUGACGCUGUCUUCAAGCGCGCCGGGUUUGACUGGCGUGAAGCCGGCUGCUCCAUGUGCCUCGGCAUGAAUCCCGACCAGCUCGCGCCCGGCGAGCGGUGCGCCUCCACGAGCAAUCGCAAUUUUGAGGGACGCCAAGGUUCCGGCGGGCGAACGCACCUCCUCAGCCCUGCAAUGGCGGCGGCAGCUGCAAUGACGGGCAAACUCACGGACGUGCGGAAGUUCUUGGGCGUGGAUGCGAAGGAGGGUUCCUUCGGCCCUAAGCUCAAGGUGGCUAGUGUGUUCGAGUUCCUCGACGAUCCCAUCCAGCCUUCGCCUGACCCUAUCCGCCCCGUUGCCGACUUGCCCGGCACCAAAGAUCUUCCGCCAAAGGAGUCGCCGUCGAGCGUGGAGAAGUUUACGAUCCUGAAAGGCAUCGCGGCUCCGCUUCACAUUGAGAACGUCGACACGGACAUGAUCAUCCCCAAGCAGUUCUUGAAGACGCUUAAGCGCACGGGUUUAGCCAAUGCGCUAUUUUACACGCUCCGGAAGAACCCGCACACGGGCGAAGAGACUGACUUCGUCCUCAACCGCGCACCGUACGAUCAUGCGAAGAUCCUCAUAUGCACAGGCAAGAACUUCGGGUGCGGCAGUUCUCGAGAGCACGCACCCUGGAGUUUGAACGAUUUCGGCAUACGGUGCAUAAUCGCGCCAUCGUUCGCGGAUAUCUUCAAGAACAAUACAAUGCAGAAUGGGAUGCUCCCCGUUGCGCUUUCACAAGAGGACUGCAUGGCCCUUGCGAAGGACGCUGAGGCCGGGCACGAGCUCGAGGUUGAUCUCGAGAAGCAGGAGAUCCGGCGUCCGAACGGCCAGCCCGCGAUAAUGUUCACGGUCGACCCGUUCCGGCGGCAUUGCCUGUUGAAUGGGUUGGACGACAUUGCCCUCACCUUGCAAAAGGCGGACGCGAUCGAGCAGUUCGAGGAGCGACGGAGCGAGGUGUGGCCGUGGUUGGACGGUUUCGGAUACAAGGGCAAAAUUCCCAUCAAUAAGAGCGUGCAGAAGAAGGCAGGCAAGAUGGAAUGGUGAGCUUGUGGAGCGAGAUUUCUACCAGCAAGUGUAUCAGUAGCCAUAUCCCUUUGUUGUAUAUUUCCCGCGUCUCUCCUAUGGGCCUUAGCUACAUUCAUAACGGAUCUCUAGCGCG